AUGGACUCUGAAAUCCCUCAAUACCUCUGCCGCCUGCUAAGCAGCAUACUCACACCAUCCAAAGCUAAAGCGAUCCCGCUGGACAACUACUUCAGGAUCCCAAAGCCGGCUAAGGCCCCGGACGGGUCUCCCAGGGACAUGCUAAAAGGAUUUCAAUCAAUGCGCAGUAAGCAGAUGGUACAAGCAGCCACCCGCGACGCUCCUUCACACCAUAUCGAAGGAGGAGACCUUACCUUCUUUAACAACCUGACGCGAUCCACCAUGUUCUGGUGGCAAUCCCUCCGUCCAGUAACCCAGCACUUGAGGCAUCACGAAGUGGUAUACCGCUGGGGUCCUGGCUGCAAGCUUACUGUGCUCCACGACGAAGAGAGUCCAGCUGCAGCACCAAUCGGAUGCGGGGAAACUCUUCAGGACACUGGGACUGUUUACCCCAGAGGCCCUACUGGCAAACACUCCAGGUGCGGACCCCCAACCAUCGACCCAGAUGUGGGAUGUGAGAAAUGUCCGACCCUUCUACCUGAAAGCCAGAACCGCGGCAGCGGGGUCAAACCUGGUCGGCACAUGAGACUCGUCUCCAGUACAGGGACAGUUCUAACCAACUGUCGGACGCUCACACCACUAUUAUAG